AUGCCGAAAAAUAUUCAUAUAAUGCGCUUGUAUUGUGCUCUAUGCGUGGAUCACCCAACCGCUGGAGAACAAAUAUUCAGCCUCGACGAGGAUAACUUCACACUAGAAACUGUACCCAAUUGUGAUAUUACUGAUUGCAUUCAUUGCCACACCAACCCAAAGCCAUUGAUAUGGAUUCAUACACGAUGUUAUCAGCUAUUGAUGGCCAGCUACGAGCCAGGGGACAAACCGUCUUUCGUGGAGAUCCAAAAAUACGCACUUGCCACGAGAGAACUUUACCUAAAAAUAUAUCCAGAAUGCGGUAAUCCCGGAACAGUUUUGGAGGGUCUCUCUUCCCAGCGUGCCGCAUGCAUGUUUCCAGAGUCUUUCAUGCAAAAUUUCUUCGGUAAAUUGCCUCCUGAGAUCCGACGCAGGGUUGCUGAAUUGGUCGCUCCAUGUUGGUACUUGACUAUCCUAGGUGAGGUUUGCCGACUCAUUGACUACAUGCGAGAGAAUGAAGAAGAACAGGAAGACGUGAUCGAUCUUACCGAAGACUUGUGGGUGUCGCGCAUUCUUUGCCAGGAUCAUUCUUACCUGGCCCAGCUCAGCAACAAGCCACUCAAGAUAAAUGAAGGGACUGAUGUUUUUCACAUACAGUUGCCUCAGACCAUUCACAGAAUUAUCAUUUCUUCAGAUCACCUCGGUGUGCGUGGAAUUCAGUUUCUUGAUCAUGAUACUACUCCGACAGAAGAUCAGUCACCAUGGUAUGAGAUAAAUAUCGUUGAGGAUUCUCAUCCAAAGCUACAGGUAAUAGAUCAUUGCCUCUUGGUGAAAAUGGUCACCCUUAACCGCGAGGAAGGAACAUUAUCCAAGUCCUUGACGUGGAGCUCCCCAUUCGUGCCCGCUCUCGAUCAAUUGAAGUAUGCCCAUUCUACGCUGGUACUCAGGGGUAAGCUACACUACUUAGAUCUCGGACCCCCAGUCCGAGGUAUCAUUGUCGUCUAUUCUUGA